GCUCACUACACACGAGGAUGGGAGAGCCCAGAACAAUUUUUUUUGGUUUAGAUGUUUUGCGUCGAUUUCUAUUAUUCAGAAACGAAAGAUGCAUACUGCUUUAGUCGAAACCGCCCGAGUAUUUAGAAGAGGCAGAAGAAAUUGUGCUCCCGCUAUUCCGGGACCCCAUUUUUUUUCGCAAAGGAUUCCAGAACCCCUUCAAAACCAUCCUCCCUCUUCCCUCCAUGUUCCUCUCCUCUCCCUUUUCUCUCAUUUGUCUUCCCUUCCAUUGUUCUUUCGUUCAGAGCUUCUUGUUUGAGGGUUUCUCUAGUUUCUAAGCUUUUCUCCACCAUUUCACAUUCCUUGAUUCCUUUCCUUGAACCCCACAAUCACAAUCACAAUAUGGAUCUCCCUUCAGAUCGCUCCUCCGGCACCUCCACCUUCCAGCGGUUUAUGCAGCAGAGGAUCCGCGCCUGCCAGCAAGACCGCAGGUGCCUCCAGCAUGAGAUAUACGAUCUGGAGGAUCGUCUCGAGGAGACGGAGAAACAGUUGGAAGAAAUCAAGGCUGAAACAAGAACGAGCCACAGGGAGUUGUUCAAGUGUGUUAAGGACAAGGUGGACAUAGCUUGGAAGUGCGCCAAGAUGAAGAUGGAUCAGGAGAAAGUUUUUGGGGCGCAAGAAAUUCAGAAAUUAUGGGGCACCGAUGAGUCAUUGAUGAUCGACAACAAAGAUCCUGGAGGACAGUCUACAGAUAUGGUUUCUAAGGUUGAACGCUUGCUAAAGGACCUGGAAAGCAUGGGAAUGAACCCCAAGUUACCUGAAGUGGAGGUCAAGGUAUUCCCAGAAGGAAGUAAGAGCUAUCCUGUGGUAGUGGAAUCUAGCAAGAUGCCACCAGGGAGAGAAGAAUCAAGCUUAGAAAAGAUGCUGUCCAACUGAAAUGGGAAUUGAAUCAUUAUGGCAGAUUUAAUGACUGCCAUUCUCACUUCUCUGACAUAAUUUCUCCUGAAGUGGUGUCACUGGUAUUCUGCUUUGGCGUCUCACUGUGUCGUUAUGAAAUCUUGGUUCUGCAGCUCUUCAAAUGAUGCAAACAUUUUGUAGGUUUUAUUACAAUCUGUACAGAAGCACGAGGAAGAAAUUAAAAAUUGAAAACAUGAUUGCUAUGGAUUCUUCUACCUUCU